CUUGUCUCCAAGUAUUGGAGCCUGACCUUCUGUGUCUGCUGCUCUUCUACUUGUCACCAUGAAGUUCCUGGCACUCCUGGUGUUGCUUGGUGUUUCCACUAUUCUAGUCUCUUGCCAGGACGCAGGGACAGACACUGCUGACACUUCUGAUACUGCUGAUGGAACCACUGACUCUGGAACUCAGGCAGACGCUACUGAUGGACAGCAAGAUGCUGAGUCCUCUGAUGGAACUAGUGAUGCCGGCGAUGGUGAUGCGCCUGCUGACCAGGAUCAGGAAGAUUCAGCAUUGCUUGCAUUGGUUAACACACUGAAAGAAAAAUUUACGUUGGGAUGAGUUUGUAUCUUCUACUUUUGAUCUUUCUGGACCAGAUUAGAACACCCUUGAUUUGAUUUCCUGCAAUUAUUUACCCUGACUAUUCUCUCUCCCUCCUCUCUAACUUUUAUCUUCUAUGAAAUAAACGAUAGUCACAAGCAGCAUCAAAA